CGUAGACCAGGCAGCCUGACGUUGACGUUGGAGACGUUGAGUUGAGCAAGAUGGCCCCAAAGACCAGAGCCUCGGGACCACCGGCCAAGGCCAGGGAGACGCGAAAGAGGAAGUCCUCCUCUGAGGCCAGGCCCAGUACCCCGAAGAAGGCGCCCAAGGCGGGGAAGAGAGGAAAAGCGGGUCCUGCAGGGAGAGGCAGGAAGAAACGUGCCGCUGGGAAAAAGAUGGCAGCCGUGGGAACCCCUGAGGCAGGGAGCGGGCCAGCACCACCCUGGCCCAGCGAGCCGCCGAGCCAGGAGCUUCCUCCGUGCGAGGUGCCUGUGAACGAGGAGCCAGUGAGCGAGCACGACCCACUGAGCCAGGAGACCCAGCUGGAGGAUCCGCUGAGUGACGUGAUCACCAUCUCCAGUACCACAUCCCAGAGCAGCAACUAAGUUCAGGCCCAGUCACCAGGAGACCGCGGAGGUCUCACCAGCACAGGGGGGCGCCCCCAUGCUGAUGUCAAUAAAUCCAAUGUGUUGCAAAAUGA